AUGAGGAUAAUCGUGACCAAGUCCAGGCCGUUGCUGGUCCGCCCGUCCACGGAGCAGUCGACGCCGGCCAACCACAUCAAAGUCUCCUCCUUCGACAAGCCUCUCGCCUUCUCCUCCUUCUCGUCGUUCCACGUCUUCGACCGCGCCAUCCACGAGCCCGCCGAGACCAUCAAGAGGGCGCUGUCCCGCGCUCUGGACCACUUCCGCCUCAUUGCCGGCCGCGUCGUCGUGGGAGACGACGACGGCGAUCUCUGCAUCGCAUGCACCGGCGAGGGCGUCGAGUUCGUGGCCGCGACGGCCAGCUGCGCCUUAGUGGACGUCAAGCUCUUCGACCCGCCGUUCGCGGCGCUGCUUAAAGACCUCGCCGUGGAAUACCCGGAGGCCAGCUGCCGCGUGGCCGAUCCCUUGCUGCUCAUGCAGGUGACCGAGUUCUCCUGCGGCGCGUUCGUUCUUGGGGUCACGUGGAACCACGUCGUCGCCGACGGCACGGGGAUCGCGCUGCUCCUACGGGCUGUGGGCGAGCUCGCGCGCGGGUUGGAUCAGCCGUACAUCGUCCCAGUCACCAGCUGCGCCGACCAGCUCCUGCCGGACCUCCCGCCGUUGGCCGCCGCUAUAGAGCGCACCAUGGUUGGCCAGCUGAAGCCCAAGGAUUACGCCAACCUCGACAUCACCGUGCCGAUGAGCGCCAUCGACCGCAUCAGAGCCGAGCUCGGCGACGAGCUAGGCGCGCCGUGCACCGUAUUCGAGGCGGUCACGGCGGUCAUGUGGCAGUGCCGCAGCCGCGUUAUCAUGCCGGACGACGACCCGGACAACCCGGCGCCGCUCGUGUUCGCGGCCGACGCGCGCAGGGCCGUCGGCGCCGCGGAGGGCUACUACAGCAACUGCGUCACCACCCAGGUAGUCGCGCCGCCUCCGACGAUCCGUGAGGUGGCCGAAGGGGACAUCAAAGACAUGGUCAAGCUGAUCAGGAGCAGCAAGGAGCAGAUACCGGCCACCUUCGCCGGAGAAGAAGGAGAAGAAGGCAUGCCACUGCCAUGCGUGGAGGACACGCUGUUCGGGUACAGCGCGCUGUUCGUGACGAGCUGGCGGAACCUGGGCUUCGAGGCGACGGACUUUGGCGGCGGGACGCCGGCGCGGGUGAUGUGCCACCCGGGGCCGGAGUCGCUGCCGGCCUGCGUGGCGUGCCUGCCGCGCAGGGGCAAGGGCGGGGCCAACGUCCUGUCCCGCUUUCUCAAGGAGGAGCACGGCGGCGCCUUCCUUGCCGAGCUGGCCAAGUUCACCUGA